AAUCCCAUUCCUGUCUGCUUUAUAGUAGUUCUGAUAGCUAUGUCUGGAAAGGAUAAACUUGCAAUUUUCCCCUCUCGGGGCGCACAAAUGUUAAUGAAAUCCCGUUUACAGGGAGCACAAAAAGGUCAUGGCUUGUUGAAAAAGAAAGCGGAUGCAUUGCAAAUGCGUUUUAGAUUAAUCUUGGGUAAAAUUAUUGAGACAAAAACACUUAUGGGAGAAGUAAUGAAAGAAGCAGCUUUCUCAUUAGCUGAAGCAAAAUUUGCAACUGGAGAUUUUAAUCAAGUAGUUCUUCAGAAUGUGACAAAAGCACAAAUUAAAAUUCGUUCUAAAAAAGAUAACGUCGCAGGUGUUAACCUUCCAGUGUUUGAAUCAUACCAAGAUGGCACAGACACAUAUGAAUUAGCAGGUUUGGCAAGAGGUGGUCAACAAUUAGCCAAGUUGAAAAAGAAUUAUCAAAGAGCAAUCAAGUUGUUGGUAGAAUUAGCAUCUUUACAGACAAGUUUCGUAACCUUAGACGAGGUUAUUAAAAUCACAAAUCGUCGUGUAAAUGCUAUCGAGCAUGUCAUCAUUCCAAGAAUUGAAAGGACUCUUGCUUAUAUCAUUUCUGAACUGGACGAAUUGGAGAGAGAAGAGUUCUAUCGUCUAAAGAAGAUACAAGAUAAAAAGAAACAAGCAAAGGCUAAGCUUGAAGUUGCUAAAGCUGCAAUGGUAGGUGUCGAGAACGACGUAUAUACUCCAAAUAUGCUGGAUGAAGGAGACGAUGAUAUUUUAUUCUAAAAACUGUAAAUAGAUUCUUUUCACAUGCUAAAGUAUUACGAAAAAGUAUGUUUCAAUUCUGAGUGAAUGUGUUAAAAGUGUGAAUAUUGAAGUAUGAUUAAACAAAAUGAUUUAAUCCUUUCACAAAUAUCCUUAGACAAUAUUAGUCUUACAGUACAGCUAUGUUACAUCGAAAAUUGUAUUAACGAAAUGUGGUCAGUAUAUAUCAACAAAUAAUGAUAACAUUUUUUAAUUACAUUAUGAUGCAAUAUAUGCAUAAAGAAUCUAUUAUGUUAUGAUAAUUGGAAAGUGUUAACGAUAUCUCUUGUUGACUGCAUAUCGCUAGCUUGGUAUUUUGUUGAAACUGCUAUUGUGUAUAAACACUUUCAGUGUAUUCGUGUUAUUAUAGAAAUAAGGGUAUCGGUAAAUGAGAAUCUAUUCGCGAUAGAUAGAACAUUAUAAAAUCCAGUAUUUAGUAAAAAUUUAUGAAUAAUAAACAUGUACAUAUACGUUUA